GAUUUAUACAUGUUUUUCUACCAACUACGCUUAAACUUGGCCACUUUACAGUAUGGUCCCGCCGAUCUAUUCAAACAACUCCCUCAAGUUCUUCCCGAUGCCAAGGACCAUGAAGCUUCUCUAAAAGACCAAAAACAACCUGCACGAUCUAAACGAUCGUCACCACAACGUAAACAUUCGUCGUCGCCUUCGUCGUCGUCGUCGUCGUCGUCGACCAUUACGCGGCAGCCCAAUGCACCACCAACACCUGCUGAAAGAACCACCGACACCGCUACGAACAGGAAUAACAAACGAUCACAGCGAAAGCAGCAACAGGAACAACAUGACAAUAAAUCUAAUACAGUGACACGCAGGGAUUUCCGCUUUGGCGCCAUUACGAUCGAGUCUAUUCAAACCAAUAAAGUCGUGUCGACAACGAAUUGCGGCUCAGGUACGCUGCAUCUCUAUCGAGAGACGGAAGGCAUCGAUAUACCGACAGAGGGUUCAAUUUUCCUAUGCAUAUUAGCGGUUCCUACCUAUAUGCAAGCAUUGGAUUUCGUCAAGUUUGCUGGUAGUAGUGGUAGUAAUACACCUGUCGAAUCCUUCCGCAUUAUUCGGGACCAUACACCUAACAAAUACACAGCAUUGUUAAAGUUCACAACACCCACUGCAGCAAACGAGUUUCAUCGACGGUUCAACGGCAAACAGUUCAAUGUAAUGGAACCAGAACUAUGCCACGUUGUUUACGUUCGAAACGCUCCAGUCAACAUACUCGAAUUGCCCACAUGCCCUGUGUGCCUGGAACGUAUGGACGAAAGUGUCACUGACUUAAUGACCAUCCAAUGCGAGCAUACUUUUCAAUGCUACUGCCUGAGCAAAUGGGGUGAUGGCGAUUGUCCAGUAUGUAAUUACUCGUUAAAGCCUGUACUUGAAGAAGGAAGCAGCAAAAGGAUACCCAAACAGCCCGCAACACCCGACGAAGAAGCACAAUGCUUUACAUGUGGAUCAACCGAAAGUCUUUGGAUAUGUAUGGUGUGUGGGCAUAUCGGCUGUGGUCGGUACCACGAUGCACAUGCAUAUGAUCACUACAUGGAAACGGGCGAUUCAUAUGCUUUGGAAAUUGAGACUCAACGGAUAUGGGACUAUACUGGCGAUAGAUAUGUGCAUCGGUUAAUACAGAAUAUGGUGGAUGGAAGUCUCGUAGAGUUGCCUAGCGCUACAAGCUCUGCUCCCGUUGCCAUAGCGACUACACCUCAUUCUUCUACGACUGAAGCUUCAGCGAGUCAACAAACAUAUCAGAAAAAUGGCAACACGGCACCGGAAAAACUAGAUGCCAUGACUGUAGAAUACACAUACAUGUUGACAUCACAACUGGAAUCACAACGAAUACACUACGAAGAACAACUCACGCAGAUCCAAAUCCAAAUCUCGUCACUAACGGCCCAAGUGAAAAAUUUGAUGAUGAACGUCAAGGCGGCUGAAAAGGAACGCGAGGAGCUAAUGCAAGUGGAACACGACACACGCAACAAAAUAGUCGAAGUGAACAAGGAACGAAGCAAAGCAGAACGCAAGUUGGAUGGAUGGAAGAACAAGUGUCGGGACAAAAAGCGGGAGUAUCAGGAGGAACAAGAAUUAGCAGCAUCCUUGCUGAAAAACAACGAACUACUCAAAAAGGAUGCAGCAAGGAAGGAUAAAGCAGUGGAAGAAUUGAAUAAUCAAAUCGCUGAAUUGAUGACAUUACUGGAAAACAACAAUAAUAAUUUGGAAUAACCAAAAAGAAAGCUGUCUUCUCUGCCUCAAUGUUUCGUUGUUCGCAUAUAACAUAAAGCGGCUGGCGGCUGUGGGAGAGAGGAUUAUAAUUCAGG